UUGACAUAUGGUUUUCCGGCGGAUCUUGGAUCCGGAUGCCUUUUCGGGAAAGCACCUCCCUUUGCCAGGUUUACAACUCGCAGGUCGGAAGUCGCAGCUCGCAUGGUCCGCGCAUGGCUGGUGCCGCAGACGAAUCCUUCGGGGCCCAAAGUGGAGGUUGGGUCAGGGCUGCUGAUUGGCCGAAAGGACUGCUGCAGGAUCAAGAUCACCGGCGCCACGGUGAGCGCGGUGCAAUGUGAGGUGCGUUGGAACGGAAAGCGGAACUGCUUCGAGCUUUCAGACCGCAGCUCCAAUGGCACCUUCCUCAACGGGCGGCUGGUGCUCAAGGGUGGGGAGCCGCUGGCCCUGGAGCACGGGGACCAGGUGCAGCUCACGAAGCGAUGGCAGCAGAGCGCUGCGCUGCAGUUCAACUUCGAGCUGGGCGAGCCUGAGCCGGUGAAGGCGGAGCCGGACUCCCGGCCCCCCGAGCCGGACUCCAGGCCAGAGCCGGAUCCUCCGGAUCCUCCAAAUCCUCCGGAUCCGCCUGUGCCGGCGGUGAAGGCGGACUUGGAGAGAAGCCUUGCUGAGUUGGAGUCGCGGGCGGCAAAGCUGGCCACCCAACUGGCCGAGUGCGUCCAACUCAGGCCCAGGCCUGACGCAGAAGAGCAAGAGCAGCUGCGGGCGGAGGUGGAUGCGGCGCUGCAAGAGGCCGCGCGGGAGGAGGGCAUUGGCAGCGCGCAUCGGGAGCUCAUCGAUGACUGCCACAAGACGCAGGAGAGCCUUCGCUGCGCGCUGCAGGAGCUGCUGGCAGGCCGGGAGCAGCUGGUGGAGAAGCGCCGGAGGUUCCAGGAGAACGCGCGGGCCACCCGCGCGGUGGAGAAUCGCAUCCAGGACCUCGAGGCGGCCAAGCGCUCGGCGCUGCAGGACCUACGCCUCCAAAUGCAAGGCGUGGUAGCGGAGAUCCAGGAGCAGUCCAACUGCCUCUCCCACUGCCUCGCAACGGAGGCCGAGAGGGGCGUGAAGCGCCGCCGCGAGGACCUGGACACCGCCGACACGGCGGCGGGCUAAUUCGAGUGGCGAGCUGGCUGAGGGGAGCACCGGCCUCGCCACCCGGUCCGGGGGUAGACGCUCAGAUCCAAGGGGGUUGCCUCCCGGUUCUAGGUCUGUUUCUGGUCA